GGAAGAGGAGCAGGCGCCUUUGAAAUUAUUCCUGCCUUUGUGGAAUUUAGAACGUUGGAUAAGGAGAACAUAGAGGAUUCUAAUGAAUUGGAUUGGAAUAGACUCCCAUCGCCACUUUCUCCCUCCCUCUAAUGUGAUUCGAGGAUUUCGCUUCCGCCCUUUCCUUUAAAAAGUAUUGAAUGUCUGUGAAGAAUGCUUUUUUAUUUUAGAAGAAUUAGAGACAUAGUGAAGAUUUAAACUAUCCUUACACCUUUGCAAGGAAAAGUUUGCUGCCAUGGCCAGAAGAGCUUUAAAACUUGCAUCAUUUGCUAGUGUAGCGGGGGCCACCGCUGGGUUCUACCUGCACAGCAGCAAGCAUCUGGAUCCCAAUGAUUUUGGAGUUGUUCGAGUAGGCAGAGCUGUUGCCACAACAGCAGUGAUUACUUUAGACUACCUCACUUCUCUCCGGAAUUUUCCACGUGGGACAGAAGAGUAUGACUAUGUCAAAUCACAGGUGCAUCUGCGUUCUGCAGAACGUCUCCGAGAUUUAUGCUGUGCCAACCGAGGCACCUUCAUCAAAGUAGGACAGCAUCUGGGGGCUCUUGAUUAUCUCUUGCCUGAGGAAUACACCCGCACCCUCAAGAUUUUGCACAGCCAAGCUCCUCAGAGCAGCAGGCAGGAGAUCGAGCGAGUGAUCCAGGAGGACCUAGGCAAAGGGAUCAAUGAGUUGUUUGUCAGUUUUGAAGAUGUUCCGUUGGGGGCAGCAUCCUUAGCCCAAGUCCACAAAGCUGUGCUACAAGAUGGGAGGACGGUUGCUGUAAAGGUUCAGCAUCCUAAGGUCGAAGCACAGAGUUCUAAGGAUAUUCUACUGAUGGAGAUACUCAUCUUGGUUGUGAAGCAAAUCUUCCCAGACUUUGAGUUCAUGUGGUUAGUGGAAGAAGCUAAGAAGAACUUGCCUCUUGAACUUGAUUUCCUUAAUGAGGGAAAGAAUGCUGAGAAGGUUGCCUACAUGCUCAGAUGCUUUGACUUCCUAAAGGUUCCAAAAAUUUAUUGGGAGCUUUCAACAAGACGCGUUCUUUUCAUGGAGUUCAUGGAAGGUGGACAAGUGAAUGACAAGGACUACAUGGAGAGAAACUGCAUCAAUGUCAGUGAGAUCUCUCGCAACCUGGGAAAGAUAUACAGUGAAAUGAUCUUUGUGAAUGGCUUUGUGCACUGUGACCCACAUCCUGGCAAUGUCUUGGUGAGGAAGUGUCCAACUACAGGCAAGUCGCACAUUAUACUUCUGGACCAUGGACUCUAUCAGGUCCUGACGGACAACUUCCGCUUGAAUUACUGCCAACUUUGGCAGGCCCUGAUCAAGGCAGAUAUGAAGCAGAUAAAAAAAUAUAGCCAGCGCCUGGGAGCAGGUGACCUGUACCCCCUGUUUGCUUGCAUGCUGACUGCACGUUCCUGGGAAUCGGUCAACAGAGGCAUUGAUCGGUUGCCUGUCACAACUAAAGAGGAUGUGGAAAUCCGGACCAACGCUGCUACUUACUUACCUCAGAUCACUAAGCUUCUCAGCAACGUUCCUCGUCAGAUGCUGCUGCUGCUGAAGACCAACGAUUUGCUAAGGGGGAUUGAAUCUGCCCUGCAGACACGGGCUAAUGCCAGCUCCUUCCUCAAUAUGUCUCGCUGUUGCAUACGAGCUGUUUCUGUGUAUCAAAGGAACAAGAGUAACUCCCUGUUCCGAAAGGCCCAGAUAUCCCUUUCUGAGGCCCUGAGCUUGUGGCAGAUCAACCUGUAUGAACUCUUCCUAUGGCUGAAAGUGUCCCAACUGGGAAACUGGGUCAUUGCUUUCUUAAGUUGGAUGCACCAUUCUAAGUAACAUGAAUUGGUGAAGCUGGGCUUGGUUUUGUCUUGCCUUUCCCAAUGGUGGCAUUCUGUUCUUAUUUAUUUUUCCACUAGUGUUUUUGGUGUUUCUUCAUGUAUACAUGGUGCUAUAGAUUCAUUGUAUUUGGCAGGGUCCUGUUUGGAAAAGUGAGAAAUGCAAAACAGCAGCUAGAACAAAAGUCAGAAACUUGCAUUUCCAAAUAUAGCACAGGGAAGUGGUAGGUCUCUGGAAAUUCUCCAGGCGAAAUCUCAACAACCCAAAUUAAUGUUUAUAGGGCCAUAUUUUUUUUAAAAAGGGCAAUUAAGAAAACCUAAUCCUACAAUUAAAUUAUGAAAUGCAACUUUAAAAUCUGCAAAGACCAUUGAGUUUUUAGUAGUACUUUAUGGUCACCUUCCCCAAGCUGCUACCUUUCAGGUGUUUUAGACUAUAACUGCAGUUGGCCAGUAGUCAAAUAUUAGUUGUAGUUCAAAUGAUGUUGAAGAUAUCAAGUUAGGCAAGGCUGUGCUUUGGGUUUCUUAAGCUGGUGUACUACAUGAUAGCUCUAUUAAUACAUUUUCACCUUUCAUGGAGAGCGCUAAAAUGAAAUGGAAAUCAUAUGGACAAGGGACUAUAAGCCAGGAUAAUUGAAUGGAUAACUGUUUUGGGAAGGAAAGCCUAGGAUUGGAGAUCUGUUUUCACAACUGACUUUUAGAUUGUGAGUUAGGGUCAUUUUUGUAUGUUCUCUUUGUUAUAAUCACAGAACCGUGAGCCUCUUUUGAAAUGUUCAAAAUGAAGACAAUGUUAAAUAGCGACUUAUUGUUUCAGAAUUCAUUUACAAGUUAAAUGCUGAUUAUGUGUGUAUAUUUGUAGGGAAAUACUAAUUUCUUACAGAGAAUCCAAAUAAUACCCCUCUGAAAUAAUUCCAUUUAUUUCAUUUUCCCUAUGGAGAGAAAAACAAUAAAUAAAUUAAAAAAUAUUGUAAAUACAGCAUACAAUCUAACAUGGACAUGGAGCUUACUAUUCCAAAACCUCUACAUAAAAGGGCUUGCAGUGAUGCAUUAUAUCAAGGCUGGAAUAUCAUACAUUGUUAGCAAUGUCUCAGAUUUUAUAAAAGCAGUAUGGUAAUGUAGGAACUAUUUUAUUGUUAGGGAAUAGUGGCCUUGUUUUGCAUUAAUAAGGAUAUAACCAUUUUUAAGUAAUUAUUUUCAACCAACUAAUAUCAAUAAAAUCUUAUAGAUAGAAGCUAUGGAAAAUCUAUGUUUAAUUACUUUGAUCUAUGUGACAGGAUGCUUCCCCUUGUUACCUUUGUUAAAAAAAUGUGCAGUAGGUUCUUAGUGAGAUCUUCUACAGGGUCAGAAGUAGUUAUGUAUCAAAUAUUAAAAAUGUACAAGUUGCAACCAAAUUUUAAACACUGUUUCUUUGGAUAUAAAUAUUAGGCAUGUUAGAUAUUGCAAGACUUCUGAAGGUAUAGCUGAUCUGUAAUUUCACCAUUUUAUUUGACAAACCAUGGGCCUAUUAAUUAAGAGAUUAAUUAAUUAUGAGUAUAAUUGCUGCUGAAUAAAUUCUACCAGUUAGAUUUCUAGUCUUCAGGAAUAUGAAACAAAGUAAAUUCAAACUUAGUUGGAGCAUCCAUUGGACCCUGCCUGACUCAGCUCCAGAAUAAAAUAUCUGAUUUAAAACUCCUGGAA